AGAAGAAGAAGUCACAGUCUCGUCUCUAUCGCCUUUUUUUCCACUCACUACACGCCAAAGCGAAGACCUUCUCUCUCUCUCUAUAUGGCUACCUCUCUCACUGCCCAAAUCGCCGGUGGCACCCAGCCCUCUGCCCCUUCUUUCUCCGGCCUCCGCCGCAUUUGUCCCAAGCUCGACUCCGCCGUCUCCUUCUCCCACCAAUCCUUCCUCCACCGCGUCAAUUCCUCUAUCCGCCUCGUUUCCUCCUCCUCUUCCUCUCACCGGUCUCCCAGAGGCGUCGUCGCCAUGGCCGGAUCCGGAAAGUUUUUCGUUGGAGGAAACUGGAAGUGUAACGGGACUAAGGACUCCAUCGCCAAGCUUGUCUCUGAUCUCAACAGUGCAACCUUGGAAGCAGAUGUAGAUGUUGUCGUGUCGCCUCCAUUUGUCUACAUCGACCAAGUCAAGUCUUCGUUGACGGACCGUAUUGAAGUAUCGGGUCAGAACUCUUGGGUUGGAAAAGGUGGAGCCUUCACUGCCACCCGUUUCACCACACCAUACAGCGUGGAACAGCUUAAAGACCUCGGCUGCAAGUGGGUCAUUCUUGGGCAUUCCGAGAGGAGACAUGUCAUUGGAGAAAAGGAUGAGUUCAUCGGGAAGAAAGCUGCGUACGCGUUGAGUGAGGGUCUUGGAGUAAUAGCUUGCAUCGGGGAAAAGCUGGAAGAGAGGGAAUCAGGCAAGACUUUUGAUGUUUGCUUCGACCAAUUGAAGGCGUUUGCUGAUGCUGUGCCUAGCUGGGACAACGUAGUGGUUGCAUACGAGCCUGUAUGGGCCAUUGGAACCGGUAAAGUUGCAUCGCCUCAGCAAGCACAGGAAGUCCACGUAGCUGUCCGCGAAUGGCUCAAGAAGAAUGUCUCUGAGGAAGUUGCUUCCAAAACGAGGAUCAUAUACGGAGGUUCUGUCAAUGGAGGGAACUGUGCAGAGCUUGCUAAAGAAGAAGACAUUGAUGGAUUUCUUGUUGGUGGUGCCUCCUUGAAGGGUCCUGAGUUUGCGACCAUUGUGAACUCAGUCACGUCCAAGAAAGUCGCUGCCUGA